AAGCUCACUUGAGCUCCCUGCAAAAACCAAGCUCCUUCAUCUCAAAAACUCACCUCCUCUUGUCAAAUGUGGCAGAGAAUCUAGCUUCCUUACUACCCACCAACAAUGGCCUGCCAAUGCCUUCUGGGCUCUUAUUCAUCCUCACCCCUACUCCCAAAUCCCAAAACCCCCAAACCCCCAAAACCCAGACUCUCCUCCUCCUCCUCCUCCAUUUCCUCCCACUUCUCCACUUCUUCCGAUAAUAACGACGAAAAUGACAAAACCAGGACCCCCAAUUUCGACUUCCUCAAGCUCUCCGUCACUCUAACCGUAAUUUCCGCCGCUCUCCCCCAAACCCCGCCCUCACGCGCCGCCGUCAAGCCCAAAAAGCCACGCGCCCCCAAGAAAUCCGACGCCUUAUCUCCUCAGGAGCUCCACUCCUGGUCCCAGGGCCUCCCCGUCGUCUCCAACCGCAUCCCCUACACUCAGCUCCUCGACCUCAGCCGCGACGCCAACCUCAAGCACGUCAUCAAGCCGCCGGGGACCGAGCUCCGGCUCAGAGCCGAGCCGGUGCUGGUGGUUCUCCAAGACUCGCGAGUCCUCCGCACGGUUCUGCCGCCGGCGGAGAGCGACCGGCGGUUCUGGGAGGAGUGGGAGAAGCUGGGGUUUGACUCGCUCUGUGUCAACGCCUACACGCCGCCGCUGCGGCCGCCGGAGGUGCCGCUGCCGUAUCUGAGUUUUUUGGCGAGAAUGCCGGCGGUGGUGGCGUGGUUUUCGAGGACGAGGAAGCCGGCGAGGAAGGAGAGCAAGCGGGCGGCGGAGCUCCGGCAGGCGAGGGAGCAGUUCAAGGCGCAGAGGAAGGAGGAGCUGGAGAGGAUGAGGAGUGAGAGAGAGAUGAUUGAUCGGGCAAUGAAGGCGCAGAAGAAGGAGGAGGAGAGGAGAGUGAGGAGAGAAAUUAGAAAGAAGAAACACGACGAGUCGUUGAGGGCGGCUCGCCGGAACUACUUGGAAAUGGCCAAUGUGUGGGCCAAUUUGGCUCAGGACUCGAAUGUGGCCACCGCGCUUGGGUUGGUGUUCUUUUAUAUAUUUUACAGGACUGUGGUGCUUAGUUAUAGGCGGCAGAAGAAGGAUUACGAGGACAGGUUGAAGAUCGAGCAGGCGGAGGCGGAGGAGAGGAAGAAGAUGAGGGAUUUGGAGAGGAUGGAGGGGAUUGAGGGGGGAGAGGAGGAUGAGGAGGGGGAACAGGGGAAGGGGGAGCAGAAUCCUUAUAUGAAGAUGGCAAUGCAGUUCAUGAAAUCCGGGGCUCGUGUGAGACGGGCGCAUAAUAAGAGGAUGCCGCAGUAUUUGGAGAGAGGUGUGGAUGUUAAGUUUACGGAUGUGGCGGGGCUUGGGAAGAUCAGGCUUGAGCUUGAGGAGAUUGUCAAGUUCUUCACUCAUGGGGAAAUGUAUAGGAGAAGAGGUGUUAAAAUUCCAGGUGGGAUACUUCUUUGUGGCCCUCCUGGAGUGGGGAAGACUUUGCUUGCAAAAGCCGUUGCUGGUGAGGCUGGCGUCAACUUCUUUUCCAUUUCGGCCUCUCAGUUUGUGGAGAUAUAUGUUGGCGUUGGUGCUUCUCGUGUCCGAGCACUCUACCAGGAAGCAAAGGAAAAUGCUCCAUCAGUUGUCUUCAUUGAUGAGUUGGAUGCUGUUGGAAGGGAGCGUGGUUUGAUCAAGGGUUCUGGUGGACAAGAACGUGAUGCUACUCUUAACCAGCUCCUCGUUUGCUUGGAUGGGUUUGAAGGAAGAGGGGAAGUUAUCACUAUUGCUUCCACAAAUAGACCAGACAUUUUAGAUCCAGCCCUGGUCAGACCUGGACGUUUUGAUCGGAAGAUAUUUAUCCCUAAGCCUGGCCUUAUAGGUCGCAUUGAAAUUCUGAAGGUCCAUGCACGCAAGAAACCAAUGGCCGAUGAUGUGGACUAUAUGGCUAUUGCAAGUAUGAGUGAUGGAAUGGUCGGUGCGGAGCUAGCUAAUAUAGUCGAGGUUGCUGCAAUCAACAUGAUGCGUGAUGGAAGAACUGAGAUUACUACAGACGACCUAUUACAAGCUGCGCAAAUGGAAGAAAGAGGAAUGCUAGAUAGAAAGGACAGAAGUUUUGAUACAUGGAAGCAAGUAGCUAUUAAUGAAGCAGCGAUGGCUGUUGUUGCUGCGAACUUUCCUGAUCUGAGAAACAUUGAGUUUGUCACGAUUGCUCCUAGAGCUGGCAGGGAAUUGGGUUAUGUUCGAAUGAAGAUGGAUCCUAUCAACUUCAAAGAGGGAACGCUAACUCGACAAUCCCUACUGGAUCAUAUUACUGUUCAACUAGCACCUCGUGCAGCUGAUGAACUUUGGUUUGGUGAGGGUCAGUUAAGUACAAUAUGGGCUGAAACAGCAGACAAUGCUAGGUCAGCUGCACGGACGUAUGUUCUUGGUGGCCUUUCUGAGAAAAAUUAUGGUCUAUCUAAUUUUUGGGUGGCAGAUCGUCUCAAUGACCUUGAUGUCCAGGCAUUGCAGAUUGUCAACAUGUGCUAUGAACGCGCAAAAGAGAUUCUGGAGCAAAACCGAAAGCUCAUGGAUGCAGUUGUUGAUGAACUUGUGAAGAAGAAGAGUCUGACCAAACAAGAUUUCUUUAGCCUCGUUGAGUUACACGGUUCCCUCAAACCUGUACCACCUAGUUUACUUGACAUCCGGGCUGCCAAAAGAGAGCAGUUCCAGGACAUGAUGAUGAAGCAAAAUGAAUUAGUUUCAGGUAGUAACUUAUGAGCUAGAUGUGGAGAGUAUCUUACCGGAGAGUCUUGAUCGCAGCUGUGGAAGCAAGCAACACAUGAGCUGGGUUAAUUACAUGUAUUGGUCAUUGAUUUUGAGAGCGUCAAUGUAGUAUGUAUCAUGCUGCAAUGAUCAAAUUUAGAAGUGUAACGCAAAUUAGGAGCAAAUAGGAUACAGAUGGUGGGGGUCAGGUAUAGGCGUAUAGCAACAUGACCUCACGAGGAAGAAACCCCUUCGAUAUUCUUUGAUUUAAUUUUUUAGUUAAAAAUGUUUCAGUGAACUAAGAGUCUAAAACACUACGGCAUUAUGAUUAUGAAGAAUC